UAGACUUUUAAUCGUUUCGUAAAUACUGUCCCUCGCCAGCUGCCGUACUGGACUACAAUUCCGCACCGGACUACAUUCUCCAUGAGUGACGCGAGGAGCGCCGCUGAACUCUCAUCAACACACAAACGAGACGAAAAAUCACAAACAACCGAGUUUGGAGGAAGAUGAGGGUGAAGGAGAUUCUCAGGACGGCGGCACAGGCAUGGAGUCCUGCGAAACAGCAUCCCGCAUACCUGGCCUUAGGCACCGCAGCGCAGCAGUUAGACGCGUCGUUCAACACCAGCUCUGCUCUGGAGAUCUUUGAGAUGGAUUUUGCUGAUACAUCCAUGGAGAUGAAGCUCAGAGGAACUCUGCCCACCUCCAACAGGUUUCACAGUCUGAUCUGGGUGGCGUUUGAUAUGGACGUCACGUCGGGUUCAUCGGGGCGGCUCAUCGGAGGUUGCGAGAACGGAAGCGUGACCGUCUUCGGGCCGGAUGCCAUUCUUGCCGCGGGAGAGGACACCGUGAUUGGACAGUCCAACAAACACACGGGGCCUGUGCGCGCCCUCGACUACAACCGCUUCCAGAGUAAUCUCAUCGCGUCGGGAGCCAAUGAUUCAGAAAUAUACAUCUGGGACUUGAAUAACUUCAGUAAUCCGAUGACACCGGGCACAAAGUCACAGCCAGCGGAGGACGUCAGCGUGGUGGCGUGGAACAGUCAGGUGCCGCAUAUACUGGCAUCCGCCAACCCUAGCGGGAAAGCCGUCGUCUGGGAUCUGAGGAAGAACGAGCCCAUCAUCAAAAUCAGUGACCACAGCAACAGGAUGCACUGCUCUGGGAUGUUGUGGCAUCCAGAUGUGGCCACUCAGCUGGUUCUGGCAUCAGAGGACGACAGACUUCCUGUGAUACAGAUGUGGGACCUCCGUUUUGCGACCUCGCCACUUAAAGUCCUGGAGAAUCACACCAGAGGAAUUCUGUCCAUCUCAUGGUGUCAAGCCGAUCCAGAGCUUCUGCUGAGCAGCGGAAAAGACAACCGCAUCCUGUGCUGGAACCCAAACACCGGAGAGGUGAUUUACGAGCUGCCAACAGCCAAUCAGUGGUGUUUCGAUGUGCAAUGGUGUCCUCGUAACCCCGCCCUCCUGUCAGCCGCAUCAUUUGAUGGGCGGAUCAGUGUGUACUCUGUUAUGGGUGGGCGUCUUCAACAGCAUCAGCACAGCACGGUGGACCAGAUCUCAGCUUCGUUUGACACCAACGACCCAUUUGGAACAGGUCAAACUCUUCCGCCUCUGCAGGUUCCUCAACCCGCAGUCGAGACCACCAUCAUUCCUCCGCUAACAAAGCCGCCCAAGUGGGUGCGAAGGCCUGUAGGCGCCUCAUUCGCUUUCGGUGGGAAGCUGGUGACAUUUGAGAACCCUAAAGUGCAGCCGCACCCUCGACAGGUUCAGGUGAGUCAGGUGACCACAGAGACGGAGUUCCUCCAGCGCUCCACUGAGCUACAGGCCACUCUGCAGUCCGGAUCCUUCACCAACUACUGCAACAGUAAGAUCAUGAGCGCCCCCUCUGACGCGGAGCAGGACAUAUGGAGGUUCCUGAUGGUGAAUUUUGAAGAUGAAGCACGCGUGAAGUUUUUGCGGCUGCUGGGCUUCAGUAAAGACGAGCUGCAGAGGAAGAUCUCUGCGUGUUUGGGGAGGAAGCUUCAACCCAACGGUUUAGAUGUGAAUGAUCUGGCUGAGAAGAUGCAGACUCUUUCUGAUCAGAGAGCAGAUGAGUCUGCAGACGGUUUGUCCGGCCAUGAGUCUCCUGCUGAUUUCUUUCGUCAACUACCAAAGAAAGAGAAAGAAAAAGAGCCCUUCCAGAUCCCCGUAUCCUCAGAUACGGACGGUUUGAUCAGUCAGGCUCUGUUAGUGGGGAACUUCGAGGGCGCGGUGGAUCUGUGCUUGAAUGACGGCCGUUUUGCCGAGGCCAUCCUCCUGUCAAUCAGCGGAGGGGAGGAGCUACUGAAGAAGACCCAGCAACGCUACCUCAACCAACAGACCAACAGUGUCUCCAUGCUGAUCUCGUCAGUGGUGACGCAGAACUGGUGUAAUAUCGUCCAGAGCUGUGAGCUGGAGAACUGGAAGGAGGCGUUGGCGGCCCUGCUGACCUACGCUAACCCGGAGGAGUUCGCUCCAUUUUGCGAUACUCUGGGUGCUCGUCUGGAGGCUGAAGGCACAGAGAAACGCUGUCUGCAGGCCUGUCUGUGCUUCAUCUGCUCUGGGAACAUCGAGCGUCUGGUGGAGUGCUGGACGUCACAGAGAGACUGCUCGUCUCCGCUCGCGCUGGAGGACCUGGUGGAGAAGGUGAUGAUCCUGCGCAAGUCGAUCGAGCGUCUGCGUAACAGUGAGGUGUGCGUUCGGAGCUCAGCGCUGACGGAGAAACUCAUCCAUUACUCCAGCAUACUGGCAUCACAGGGCAGCUUGAGUACCGCGCUCAACUACCUGCCCGAUGACUCCGACCAGGUUGGUGUCCGGAUGUUGAGAGACAGACUAUCGCAUGCAAAGGGUGAAGCUCUGCAGAGACAGCAGCUGUCUGCACCAGCAGGAGGCGCUACAGCAGCUCCGAACACACACACUCCUCCAGCACACACGCAGGGGUCGUACCCGUCCACACUCCCUCCUCAGAUGCCUCAUGUCGCGCCCCGUCUCUUCACCCCUCAGACCCUUCCUGAUUCUGCUCCGCCUCCUGCUGGAGCUCCACGGCCCGGCCUGAGACCAGCCUACCCACAACACCCUGCCACAGCGCCGGGUUUCCCUCCCUCUCAGCCGUUUCCUCAGUCCGGGCCUCUCGGUGGUCCUGUGGGAUUCAUGUCAGGCCCGUCGAUGCCCUCCUCCAGCCUGGCGGGUCCUUCAGUGCCGCCCUCCUCUCCACCGGGACCCAUGAUGCCCCCUCCACCUGCCCCAGGGUUCAUCUCACCCACUUCUCUACCAGGCGGCCCAAUGCCCUUUUACCCAGGCGCUCCGCACACGCAGGGCCCCGUGCCACCGCCCAGCGGGAUGUAUCCACCUCUGGGAGCGGUUUAUCCUCAGGGCGGCCCCGGCGCUCCAGCAGCCAAGAGCUUCAGCGGCGCCAUCCCACCUCCACCGACAGGUACAUGUGGUGCCGGACAAACGCUUGGAAUGAUGUUUUUGAAUGACGUCUCUUCAGGAAGAUCAUGUACUCUUCAUCAUGUUGUUCCUGACAUGUCUGCUCAGGACGGGUGGAACGACCCUCCAGCUGUUCGCGCAGGACAACGCAAGAAAAAGCUGCCAGAGAACUACACUCCACCUGCUCCGAUCACCGCACCGGUGAUGGGCUUCCCUACGGAGGCUCCUGUGCCGCAGGACCGAGUCCAGGUGCCGCCCGGAGCCCCUCAGGAGCCCAACAUACAGUCUUUACAGCAGCUUCCCGCCGAGCGAGUGGAGCAGAAGGAGAUACCUGCUGAACACAUGAUCAUCAAGACCACCUUCAGCAGCCUGGUGCAGCGCUGUCAGCUGGCCGCCGCAGACCCGCAAACGAAGCGCAAACUUGACGAUGCCUCCAAACGACUUGAAAGCCUGUACGACAAACUCCGAGAGCAUGCGCUCUCUCCCAGCAUCCUCAGCGGCCUGCACGAGAUCAGCCGCUGCGUCAACAGCCGCAACUAUCUGCAGGGUCUGGAGGUUCACACGCAGGUCGUGAGCAGCAGCAACUUCAGCGAGAUCUCCGCCUUCAUGCCCGUCCUCAAGAUGCUCAUGACCAUCGGCAACAAACUGGCCGUGUGACACCGCUUUCUGAACUCUGCUUUAAGAAUGAAUACAGCGUUAAUAUCCCACGGCUUUAUGUUGCGUUUGGUGUUUUCCUUCAUGCAAUGGGCCUUAUUUAUCCAACACAAGCAGAACGACUGUUCAGAAAACUAUUAGUGCGUAAUUUGUGUUGAAUUGAAUGCAAGAAUUUGUGCAAAUUGUUGCAUUGAAUUCAAUGUGAGAGUCUUAAGAACACGAGCAGGAACAGUUUAAGAAUAACCCUUAAUACUGUUUAAAUUGUCGCGUUCGAUUCAGUUUGAGUGAGAACACAAGCAUCUGUGCGUAAUUCGUCGUAAAAACGUUGCGUAAUAUGUGUUGAAUUGAACGCAACAGUUGCCUAAGAAUAGGCCUUAAUACUUAAUUUUGUUUAAAUCAUUCGUAAAAAUCAUUCUUACGUAAAUUGUUGCUUUCAAUUCAGUGUGAGACUGUACGAACGGGUCUUCGUCGAGAAACAUGAACAGAACGAUUCAAGCACAGAUUCGUUCUGAACGCGUUUCAUGAAUGAGGCCCGGUGGGUUUUUUAUUAUUAAAAAUCUGACGCUGUCUGUAGUUCGGUCAUUGUGAUGAUUGAUUGAUUGAUUGAUUGUUAGUGGACGAGGAGGUUCAUUAUUGACUGACUGAUGAAUUGCGGGGAUGAUUUUCUUGAUAGUUCGUUUGUGUGAAGGGUUGUUUUAUAUUUGCACUUGAUGCUUGAACCGCAUUGCUGUUUAUCCUCCAAACACUCCUGUAGAAAAGUGUGAAGCUUCUCCAGAUGUUCUUCAUAAAGGACUGAAUUCUGCUCUGAUGUGGUUCUCGACAUUUAUAGAGAUGGAAACAUGUAAGACUUUGGGCUGAAAAGCUGUCAAGAACACGUCCAGGACUAAAUCAAAUGAAGAAAAUCAAGCCUGUUUUUGUUUUGCAUUAUGGCAUUUUGAGAACCGUUAAACACUCAUUAGUCGUUGAUGCCUUACUUUUGUAUUUUUGUAAUUCCCUUCACACUUACAUUUUUUUAUUUGGUGUGCAACAUGCAUAUGAUGUAUAAACAUUAUUUUGAAAAUGAGAAAUGUAUUGAAAUGCCAUUAAAUAUUAAUGGUCCUAAAAAUAAUCUUGUUUAUAUAUAUAUAUAGUUUCAUUAGGUUUUUGAGGUGAAAUAUGACCUGGACGUGUUCUUGACAACUGAAUGCAACGAAACUGAUAAACUAGAUCAUCUUUAUGUUCUGCUACUGAAAAUGUCAACGUUUUGUGUCCGUACGCAACAUUCAUUCUGAGGGUCGUGAAUGAAGCUCCUACAUGCUUGAAAACACUUGUAGAAAAAUACAGAACUUUCAUAAAUGAUCAAUGUGUUUUUCCUAAUGUGCACUGCUUGACCUUCAAAACUGAGGGGCAAUUAAAGAAUAAUGAAAACAAAA